AUGUUCGCUUUGUUUAGAUGGAUUCGAAGGCAGCGACAAGACCGCCAGCUUAUCAAGCAGACAAAGGCACAAGAAGCCGAGAAGCGAAUACAGGCACUAGAAGCCGAGAAGCGAAUACAGGCACAAGAAGCCGAGAAGCGAAUACAGGCACAAGAAGCCGAGAAGCGAAUACAGGCACAAGAAGCCGAGAAGCGAAUACAGGCACAAGAAGCCGAGAAGCGAAUACAGGCACAAGAAGCCGAGAAGCGAAUACAGGCACAAGAAGCCGAGAAGCGAAUACAGGCACUAGAAGCCGAGAAGCGAAUACAGCGGGAGAGGCGAGAAGCUCAACAGGCUGAAGCCCUCCUCGUCAUCCGACACGAGCUGCGGCGCACCAUGGACCCACUUAUAGCCGCACAGGUUUACAAUAUUCGCUUCAACCCCCUUCUCAGUCGGCUGCCAGAAGAAAUUCUUCUGUGUGUAAUCGACUUCCUAUGCGACGAUGUUAUUGCGCUGCACUGUCUCCGGAUAGUCUCAAGGGCCUUUCUUCGUAUUCUCCACCGGCAAUCGCUCAUUUGGAGAGAUGCAUGGUAUAUCUACAUGGACAUGUAUUUUAGAGGUAAAACUCGUUAUCUCCAAGGUGAUCUGAGGCUACAAUUUCGACGGCUGCUACAGAAGGACGGCCGGUGCAAAAACUGCAAGCGCUGGAACGACGCCCAACGAAGCCCAUUCCUUGACGACUGCAAAUUUAGGCAAAUAUUCCGAAACCGUAUUGAUCACUUGGAAAGUGACAGGCUCCACUGCUAUGCCUGCGACCAAUCCCACGAUAUUUGGCAAUUUUCCUCCGCAUACCAGAAAACAUCGGGGGACCGACGGUGUCUAGGCUACCAGGGGUCGGUGCAGUUAUGUGAGCACGUUCAAAUCACCUGGGCCAUCAUCAAGGCCCAUAUAUACGACUGGCGGCAGCAACAACAGGGAGGAGACUGGCAAGUGUGUCUCAACAGCUUCAAUAUAGAGUGUCACGAUGCAAGUCACGACACGCGCUGCACAGUCUCAGAGCCGCCGACAUGGCCCCGAGCCCGUUUUGGCAUCAGCAAGUUUGACCCGGAUAUUGUGGUUCUCAACCUCGAGUGGGUACCUCAUAGCCGCAUCGAUGCCCUUGAUCUAACUAUAGAUGGCCGGAUACCUGCAUCAGAGCUGAGGGCACUGUUUCAGAGACUUAGAGGUCUAGGGCCGGUUGGUAACUUAUGUCCUUCGUCCCGUCCAGGUGUUCUACCCGAGAUGGUGCUCUUCAGCCCAUCGGCCUAUACGGGAGACUUUAUUUACUAUAAAACAGGAGAGGAUCAUAUGAUAAGAACCCCGCCAGAAUCAUGGUCAGCGCUUCCUUCAUUCCUCUGUAUCCCAUGGGAUGAGCGCCACGGAUUUGGACGAAAUGGGAAGAUGCUAGACAUCAGGCCUCAUUACCCAAGAGGUUCUAGCUGUACUGGAAUUUCCUCACAGUGCCUUGUAAUCAGCUACGAAAAAGACAUUAGGAUCUGUAAAGUGGCGGAAAUGACGGAUCCCGCUUUCAAGAUCAUGCCCACUGACCAUUGGCUUCACGCCAUGGACACCCAAACAUACCCCCACCCGCAGGCAAGCCAAAUCAGACCCCAGUGCAGGGAUCUGGCCUGCAUCAACUACUACCGAAGGCGGCGGGACUACUACAACUGCUGUGAAUUGUCGAUAGCCGAUUUAUACAGAUGA